UGUUGGUGGAACACUAUUCGAGAGUCAUCUCAAGUGGACUUAGCGCGCCGACAGUUACGAUGGUGGGGCAAGGGAGAGGCCAAGCACAACAGAGGGGUCGAUCUCCACCGUGCCAUACAGAUAUCUCAAUUAUGGAUGAAGAUCGUAUGAAGCUUCUCAUCUCCAAAUGCUACAAUGAUGGCAUAUUACCUGAGAAAUUCCGGCAUGGCGAGUGGAGAAUGGAAGGAGGGGUCAACAGAUUUGUCGUCACUCCAAGACUGUACGAGUUGACUACCACCUGGUUGAAGGAGAGGACGGUUACCGUAAUUUUUCAAGGGGCCGCUAGGGAUCUCCCAAUGAAGAUACGGGAAAAUCUGAUCAGAGCCUAUGAGAACGGGUGGUACAGGGAACGUAUUUUUGAUCGUUCUAUCAAGAGGGGCAGGGUGCACGCGGAGGGUCCGAAUGUAGUGUCCUACGUAGCAAAGUCAAGAGAGGUGGCUCAAUGGAUGAUUUCCAAAGCGGAAGAUAAAGUGGUCAUUAGGGGAGUGGAAUAUGGCAUGCUGUUUAAACCAUGGCUAACCAAAACAGAAUUGGAGGAAAGAAGAUGGCAAGAUGAUGAAUCCAAAUUUUGGGUAAUGGCUCUCCGCGUCCCGCUGAGAGCAAUGUUUCACGUGGAAAGCAUGGUGGAGACGUCCAUGGGGCAUGUCAUUAAUAGCCUACCUCCGAAACAAGAUAAGACAAGACCAAAGUUCAUGAACUUAAAGUUCGAGCUGGUGAGGGAGGCGAAGGAAAAGUUUGAAGCAGAGAUUCAAAUUCGGCUAGGCAGCGAGGUGUUGAGGAUCAAGUUUGUAUGCAAGCACACUCCAUGGUGUACCCGGUGCAGAUGGUGGUUCCACACAGCGGAGGAAGAUUGUCCACGUGCUGGUGAAGAAGAACCUGUAAGUAACCCCAGUGUAAGACAGCGGGAUGUCCAACCUUUUCAGAAUCAGAGAGCGUCAGAUGAUCGGCACAUCCGUUCAGCGGCAAGGGAGAAUAUCCGAGUAGCCGAAGACCGGCCCCAGGGGGCGUCAUCAACUAGAGGUGCUGGUAGAAUUCAAGAGGCCAGAAUCCUGUCCGGCGGUCAGAAUCUCGCUCGGAGCAGCCGGUCUUCGACACCACAAGGGGAAAGAGGAGCUUCCGGAGGAGGUCCGAUUAGUGACGUGGCAAGAAUGCUCAGCCCAGAAGCGGGGGCUCUUCAGCAGCAGGAUCUGUCUGGGGGGAUGCACCUACAAGGCUACGCGGGUGGGUAUCAAGCGUAUGCACUCCCCGAUGGGCAAAUGGAUCAAGCGAUACAUGUGGUGGGGCUUUUGGACCGAAAUGACAACAUUAUCCUCCGAACAACGGGGCUGUCGGAGAUUCCUUUGCAAUCUGCGAUACGGGAGAAAGUCAGGUACCUAUUCGCUGAUCGCUUUGAAUUCAGGAUCUUCCCGGAAUUCUAUCUGCCUAAAAUGAGAGUGGAGCUAGAGGAUGGGAAGUCAAUUAGAUACACGGUCGUCUUUAUGGACGCCAGGUUUUCUACGGAAGUGUGGCAGGGCUUGAGGAACGUAGGUUUAGACAAUUUUCCGCUGGAAGCCAUAACCCAGCCCUCGAUCGGCCUUCUAGCGGAGGUAAUUGUUGAGCCAGGAAUCUCGGCCUCCUUCUUGGCAGAUUUGAAUCUGAUUAUGCCGAGAUCGAGCAAUCUGCUUUCUGCCUCCUUUGUAGAAUGCCUCUCAGCAGAAUGGCCCACACGUGCGUCGAACGGGGGCCCAGACAUAGCCCGAAGUUCGAUCCGCCCUCCUCAGCCAUCCAAUCCGCAUCUGCCACAACUUUAUUCCAUGGGUAGGUUGCAGAUAGCCACGUGGAACGUUCAGGGAUUGGGGGACACGAGCGGCAGGCGGAAAGGAGCAAGACUCAAAAGUUGGAUUCAUAGGAAGGACAUUGAUGUCAUAAUGGUUCAGGAGACAAAGUUAUCGGAGAACAAACUGGCUCAGUUGAAGGAUUGGUGGGAUGGAUCACAGUUGUGGUCCCCGGCAAGAGAUACAAAAGGGGGGGUGACCAUUCUGUUUCAUAACAGAAUAGACGCCCAACUCUUGGACUAUGACUGUGAUUUGUGGGGACGAUGGUACUGGGUCAAGGUGGCGAUCGGUGCAGAGGAUUGGGUUUUCACAACAAUGUAUGCCCCGAAUAAGCCUAGUGAAAGACUGCGUUUUUUUGAGUUGUUGCCGUUUGUUUUACCUAGGGCCAAUCACCUGGUGAUAGCUGGUGAUUGGAAUGCGGUAUGCCAACCGGGGUUGGACUCAGAUCAUGAUGGGGGCUUGACAUCGGAUCAGUUAAAAUUAUUGAGCUGGAUGGAAGAGUGGGAUCUGCACGAUGCCUAUCGGGAACUGUACCCUACGAAGCAGGCCUUUACUUGGUUUGGUCGUUCUCCCCAGCAUGCAGGAGUUAGCCGUCGAAUCGACUUCUUUCUGGUCUCAGAGGGCUUGAAAAGCAAUGUCAUUCGGGUGAAGACAGAUAACUACCCUAUCUCAGACCACAAGGCGGUGGUGAUGACAUGUGCCCUCUCCGAGGUUGCAGAAAGAGGCCCUGGUUAUUUCCGGCUGAACACCGAUCUAUUGAACGACGAUGAAAUUGUACGGUGGGUUAUGAAUUUCUGGUUGGAAUGGAAACAGAUGAAACCUCACAGCGAGUCAGUAGCAGAGUGGAUUGACGCAGGAUUGAGAGUGGUUUCAUUGAGGCUGGACUCUUACUCACAAAUCUCGGCCUUCCAGCGUAAUAAGGAGGAAGCAGAUCUUAAAGCUAGUGUUGAGGAGGCAGAGCGAAGGAUGGGACUGCAUCCUAUCUCAGACCUAUUAUGGGCAGAAGAACGGAAGGUCAGGCUCCAGGAAUGGGAAAGGUGGCUCAAGAUCCUUGAGACUAAGAGCAUCAUCACUUCGGAUCGAGUGACAAAGGAGACCUUUAGAAGAUUGCUGCCCAAGAACAGAUCAGUACAAAUGAAGGAGUUGAACCAUCCGCAUCAGUUGGGGAGGCCUGUGGCCACUACUAGUGAGGAUAUGUGCAGUUACGCGAUGGACUACUUUCAGGACAUUUUGACGACUAGACGGCCGUAUGACAGCGCGAAGGACAAUAUGGCUGAGGGGUCGUCCCUGUGGAUCAACUUGACAGUCCGCGUCUCAGAGGAAGUAAGAAUCGGGCUAAACAGACCUGUCACAGAAGAAGAAUUGGUCUCCACCUUGCGCUGCAUGGCCAGGGGAAAGGCGCCAGGGGACGAUGGUUUACCGGUGGAGUUCUUUGAAUGUUGUGGAGAAGGUCUGAGAAGCGACCUUGUGGAGAUGUACAAUACUAUUCGGACUAGAGGCAGAUUAGGAAAGUCAAUGACGAGAGGGGUUAUUUCGCUACUUUUCAAGAAGGGGGAGCGGAACGAGUUGAUUUAUCCGACAAGAACUGAAAUUACUAAACCUUAUUACCGAUAAAAGUUAAUGAACAUCAAACCUCA